UUUAAGUUUAGAAUAUGUUUCUGUUGAAUUUUAGUGUAAUUUUUUAUGUUGCAUUUUCACUAUUUACAUAUAGCUAUUUGAAUGGAUUAAUGUUAAUGUAUAAAGCACCAAAGUUCUCUUUCAUCUGAACUUAUUUUAGAAAUAAGUUGUUUUCAAAAUUUCAUUUGGUGCUUUUUAUAAUUGGAUAUUUGACUAUGUUCAAAAUAAAAUGCAUAAAGUUAUCCAAAUACUCUUAACAUGAUAUUUGCAUGUCACCUUAAAUUCAUCAAUUCUAUUAAUUAUGUGAUUUUCUAUUUGUCUGUUAUCAAUGUAGGUACAUAUAAUAAAACAAUAGAAAAAUCUGUACAUUGAAUAUAUUUUUAUAAAAACAAAAUUAGGUGAUAGAGUCAUAGUAAUAGAGUAAGAAUUGGAUAAAAAAAAAUCUGUAUGUCCUUAUGUCUGUUUGUACACACUAACUAUUGGAUGGAUUCAAAUGACACUUUUUCUUGUUAUAUAGCUAUUAAGCAUAUAUAAAUGUUUUUGAAAGCUGGACCACCUGAUACAGAACUGUGAUAGACCAUCUAAACUAUAGAAAUAUAGAAAUGGCGCUUAACAAAAGUUGUUUAGCCUGAUGAGCAUUUUCUGUAGAUGUAUACAAGUUGAAGAUCUGAAACACCUGAUGUAGAGCCAGCAUGGUCCAGCUAUAUUAUAAGAAAUAUAGAAAUGACGACUUAACAACAUUUGUUUAGCCUGAUGAACAUUUUCUGUUGAGGUUUAAAAAUCGAAGAUCUGGAACACCUGAAGAAGAGUCAAUGGUCCAGCUAAACUAUAUAGGAAAUUACGCCUUAACAAACAUUUUUCAGUCUGAUGAGCAUCUUCUAUAUAGGUAUUGUUUCGCUUUGUCUGUACAGUUAAAUUUAUUUCCAUAAUAUUGUGUCUAUAAAUAUUUAAAACAUCAAAGUUUUGGCACAUCCUAUAUGAAAUUCAUAAGAUUUAACUAAACUGUUCAACAUAAAGUUUUCUAUUUGUCAUAAUAACUUAGCGCCCGAAGGAAAAACCCUCAAUAUAUUGUGCGGCCACGCGAAUGACGUCGCGGGCAUCAGCUAAUAUUAAGAAUGCUUUUUGACUCCAUAUUUGUGUUUUCAUAUGAUAUUAAUGUCAUAAAUGCUCCAUAAAACCUUUUGUUUUUGACAUUAGAAAAUAAAUAUCUAAUGUGACUAGUUCGAAAACAGGAAAUUCUAUUCCCUAGAAAAUAUUAUACCUAUACAUUAUUUGGAUUUUAAUAAUGAUAUUACUAUAUGUAUUUAGUGAAAAAAGCAUAAGUAGACAUUUGUUUGCUUAGUACAAAACAUUACAAACUUGCCAGUAUUGGUUUGAUGUAAAAGACUGAAUGUCAUUUAAGAAUAUGUACAUUGUUAAUUUUAUUAUGUUAAGUGAUUUUAUAAAUAUUAAAUUAAGUCAUUAAGUUAAUUUUGACGUGCAGCUAUGUAAUUACCUUACCAAUUCUAUAUUUAUGUACAAAUUCUACCACAUACUAUCUUUGAGUCCCUGUGAACAUUGUGUAUACCAAGUUUAAGUGCCUAUAACUAUGAGAUUUUUAAUUAAUAUUUUCUUAAUAUCGAAAAAGGCAAAAUAAAUUAAAACAUAAGUGUGUAACUACUAUUUAUUUUAUUUAAAUCAUAAGAAUAAUGUUAUUUCAGGAUGGAGUUCUUUUUUCUGUUAUUUAUCUAGAAUCUUAUGUUUAAUUAAAAUUGUGUGAUAUACUGCAUAUAUUUAUGUGUGCUUUGAUACUCUCCUAUAUACCCUCAACAAAUUUGGAUACAUGUCUGUCUUUGUGAAUUGUGAGCAAAAUAGGUAAUUAAACUUAUAACAAUUAAUUAAUAGACUUGAUAAAUUAACGUAUUCAGUUAAGAGUUAUUGUAAAAUAGGUUAAGCGCUAUGCAAUAAUGGUUAAUUUUUAUAUUAAGUCUGUGAUUAAUUAAUAUUUUUAUUCAAACAGUUGUUCCAAUAACAGUAAAAAUAAAAUCCCAUUAAUCAACACAGUCUGGUCCAUCUCAAAAUUUGGUGCUGCUUUCACAUAAUGCAAAUAAACGCUACAUAGUUUUGAAUAAGGUUUUGACUGACUGACUGAGUUCUAUCUGUAAACACAUAAUACCCCAACCGUUAAUUUUUCCUCGCUUUUAUUUAACUUGCAAUGUAUGAGGGUAAUUAUGUAAGAAGUGAUUUACAGAUUCUUAUUUCUCUAGCAAUUUCCAAUCCUAUAAUGCUAUUUAUAUAUCAAUUGAAUGUCGAAUUAUAAUUAAUAUGGGCAAAGUUGAGUUGGCAAAUGAUUUGAGUACUUCAAAAAAACUACAACAGGCACAAUUUUUUUAUGCCGGGCAUAUACAUAGCAAAUUAGGCACUAAUUAUACGUUCUACUCAUACUUGUGUAGGAGAUACUUUCUAGCUGGAGUAACGUACACAAGUCUCGAUGGUUUUCCAAUACCUACUAUGUAAGCAAAAACUAACCAUUGAGCCACGAUUUCGCAGAAUCAAUAAUUUUGUAGAUGCCUACUUAUCACCCUUAUAAUAAUUUCAAGCAAUCUGUAGCACCAUACCAACAUUUUGGAACCUUACCCUGUAAUAUAAAUGAUCAAUAACUAAGCGAAAAAAAUAAUUGUACAAAAUGGGUUUAUUUUUGCAGGCAUUACUCAAAUGUAGGCAGCAUGGAUGAAUGAGACAUACAUAAUGUUUUGCCAGGCUCCAAAACAAAAACAUAUUGACAUAUUGAUUUCUUGAGAGCCAUUGAGACCAAUUUUAUAGACGUUCAUUGACUGUGAAUGCUCGGUUAUGGACAGCCAGGGUAUGGGGCUCCUCCACCCGGAGGACAGUUGGAAAUGGGACAUGGACCUUAUCCAAACAUAGGAGCCGGAGGACAAGUCUCUCCUCAAGUUCAACAGUGGUUCCGAGCCGUGGAUAAAGAUCAGUCAGGUUUCAUAACUUCCAACGAAUUAAAAAUGGCUCUAGUAAACGCUCAGGGACAAACAUUUUCAGACACUGCUUGUAAUUUAAUGAUUGGAAUGUUCGACAAAGAUCGUUCAGGAUCCAUCAACCUUGAAGAAUUUGACAAAUUGUACACUUAUAUAAACCAAUGGCUUGCCGUUUUCAAAACUUAUGACGUUGACCAAUCAGGGCAUAUAGAUGAACAAGAGCUUUCAAAAGCAUUGUCACAGAUGGGAUUUCGUUUCUCACCGGACUUCAUUAAUUUUUUAUCUAAAAGAAGCAAUCCAAACGAUGGUAAAAUAUCAGUAGAUCAGUUUAUAGUGUUAUGUGUACAAAUUCAACGCUUCACUGAAGCAUUCCGAAUGCGUGAUACUCAACAGAAUGGUACUGUUACUAUUGGUUUUGAAGACUUUCUCAAUAUUGCCCUUAGCUGUUCUAUAUAGUGAAAUGCUUUCACAAAAAGCAGUAGGCCUAGCAUAUAAAUCUUGAUAUCGUUAUGGUAGAUAACUGUAUGUUGUUUUGUUGCAACAAUAUAAUCUGACGGAAAAAAGCGCAAAGUUUACUGUAAUAAACUGUGAAUAAAAUUCAUUUUCAAGUGAUAGAAUUCCGUGGGGAAAUAAAUAUAUCAAAUAUCCCUCUCUAAAUAGCUAUAGUAGAGAAUAUAUACAUAUAUCAAGUAUUCCUUGUUAAAUAUAGUAUUUAGGGCCGGCAGUUAAACAUGGAAAACGAUGUCAGACAAAUGUCCACCUCUAGCAGCAUCGCAGAUGCGAAACCUUUUCAUCGCGUUUUUCAUCACAUUUUCAUACAUUUCCUGCGUUAUCUCAAUGACUGUGUCUCGAAUAUGUUGUUUUAAUUGCUGAAGGUUCAUUGGCCUGUAACACGUCCCUUUAGAUAGCCCCACAGAAAAGUCAGGAGCUGUUAAAUCAGGCGAUCUUGGAGGCCAAUCAAUGUCACCGUUUCUCGAAAUGUAUCGACUGGGACACAUUAUUUUUAAUGUUUCUAAUGUGGCUCGUUCCGUAUGACAUGUGGCCCCGUCUUGUUGAAGCAACAUGUUUCCUAAUCAAAACACGUUGUUCCGUCAUAAAACGCUCCAUAGUAAAUUUGCCGUAUCUACACAAAGUAAUUUUCAUGCAACAACUGUCAUAUUAACCGCCAAAACAAAAUGGCGGCAAAAAAAGUUGUAUACCUCCAAGUUGGCCACCCUGUAUAAUAGAGAAAUAUGCUCAAUCUGAAAAUCCUAAGUUACAAUGUUCUUAUUCAUAAGAAAAAAAAUACUGUUACCAUAACAUGAACCAAGAAUUUUUCGAGCUUGCCCUACUUAUUGCUUAUCAUAUUACUACUAUAUUUAGAUAUAUACGUCAACCACCAUUCCAAUAAUAGAAAAAAGAAGAAAAAAAAUUAAUCUUCGAUCAACUAUAUGGAACUAUUAAGAUAUGAAUUCCACAUUCCAUUUCUUACUUUUAAUAUCUAUUGAAAGUGUAUUCUUAAUUGAUUUUAUUGUGAUUAAAAAUCUAAUUCCUUACGCCCAAGUCUGCUCAAACUCACUUCAGAGCGAGGAUAAUAUUUUGUUUGGAAUAUCGUCUUGUUCAGUAUUUGAUCGAAGAAUGCAAUUGAUAUUUUAUGGGAUCCCUUUUUUCGAAUGUUUUAUAUACCUACCUGGGCGAAUAUGUAAGAUCUGCGUUAUUUUAAUUAUAGUUGGACUACUAAUUACCGUAGCUUAUAGCUUUUGCAGUUGAUAGUGCAAAGAACCGCCCACCUUAGUUUUAAUUAUUUGCCAGACAGAUGACUGUCACCAGUGAUCAAAGACUCAAAAACACCAAAAUAAGUAAUAAAGCCAAAUCUCGAUAAGUAAUAAAGCGAAAUUGAUAUUUAAGCUAGAACGAAUAAGUCGAAUAUUGAAAUUUUAAAUCUGCAUAAUCUAAUAAUAUACCUAUUCAUUAUUCAGACCAUGAACCUGUCUUUAGAUUAAGGGUUAAGUAAAUUAAUGUGGAAUUGAAUCUUCUAAUUAAGAAUAAGCUUAUUAAUGUUACAUUUUAAUAACAUUUAUUUUUGUAAUACACUAUGCUUUUA